AUGUACUUGAGAUCUUUAAGCGGUAAAGAACUCGAUAAUCGCGACUUGGGCGCAAAAUCUAUGUAUUGGUACCACAAGCAAGCUAAGGAGAAGCAGUUUAAGCUUAGUUCAAGAAUUUGCUCUAAAUCUAGUGUAUAUUCAGAAAUCAUUGAAAAUAUUCUACUUCGUCACAUUGGCCCUAUUCAUAAACUUGAUCUUACUAUCCCCUCUUGGAUGUUUUCAGAAAUCGACAUCAAUCAUUGGCUAUUACUAUUGGAUUCUCCUAGUAGCAUCAAAGAAUUUGUUCUCAAAAACUAUAUUAAGUCUCUGUCACAAAAGCUGCCUGGUUGUUUGUAUUCUUUUGUGGGGUUGACGCAGUUGACACUAUUCAAUUGCCAUGAUCUGAAUCUCCCCCCAACAUUCAAAGGAUUUCCUUGCCUUAUUAGCAUGGACCUGCAUAUAUCCAGUGUACCAGUCGGAGCAUUAGAGGCACAGAUGUUGGAAAAGCUUAUUUCCCUUUGCUCACGAUUACAGAAACUCACAUUAUGUAUCCUCGGAAAGAUGAUUAAUUUUACAAUUUGUGCUCCUGAACUUCAAGAUUUGGUUGUGAAAGACAUUAUGUCUAGUCUAUCCCUGAAAGCCACUGGAAAUAUAAAAACUAUAGGAGUGGAUGCGCUUGGAGAAGAUUUGGAAUCUUUACAAACUCUUAAACUUUUGGAAGUACCAUUAAAUUGUAAUUAUGCAGUCCCUUUUAUCCUCUGCUUAUUUCGAAGCUCUCCUCACUUACAACGACUAUGCAUCAAUGCUUCAUCGUUUGAGAAAUGUUCAGGGAAGAGUGUUCAGAAUAAGGGAAACUUCACACUUCCCUGUCUUAAAUAUGUUGAAUUUGCCUUUAAGGCAAGUGUGGAGUUAGAGUUGAUAAAAAUUCUACUAGCAUCCUGUCCAGCUCUUGAGGUCAUGACAAUUGUGCUCAGUGAGACUUUUACUGCUGAAAAUAAGUUAGAAGUAGCGAAGGAGUUGAUGCAAUAUGACCGAGCCUCGCCAAAUGUGGAGAUUAUUCUAAAGCCUUGA